CUUCAUAUAAAUAUUACUUCUGAUGAAUCGAUUCAAGGUUCCUGGGUCGAUCUGCAAUUCAACAGCAGUGACUCUCCAUACUCAAGUCUCCAUGGAGGUCAGGAGCAAAUCUCCGUGUCCAGUGACGAGUCUGCCGACAUCGAGAUAAUGCUGCUGGACGCUCAGCACGAGUCGGGCCGAAGCAGCUCCGCAAAGAGCUCUCCGUGCAACAGCCCACUGAGACUCGAGACCCCCGAUCUUAUGAGCAGUAGCUCAGAGGGAAACAUCUCACAGUCGGAGGAAGACUUCCAAGAAAGAAGACAGGAUGACGUAAACAUCCUGAUGAGGAAACACUCAGACUGGAUGGAGGAUUUGCUGAGUCGAUCAGAGAGUAAUCCACCAAAGGAUUUCCUGCUGAAGCACCCAAAGCGCUCAACCUUUCUCUGCAUUAAGGAGACCAGCGUGUUGAAGGAAGGAGGCAUUCUGUCUUCUGGCUACCCAAAGUAUUUUCUCCCCUCAUUAAUCUUCUCUCACAUAGUUGCUUUUGGCAUAGGGAUAUACUUCGGUAAGCGCAUCGCCUCUCACAACUCCAUCUGA